UUCAACUGCCAAAAUGGCGCAGGUCUAUAGCGGCGCUCCAUCGCUAAGGGCGGCGUUUCGGCCUUCUUGCCUGUUUGAAAUGAGGUUGAGCUUCACACGUCCAUCUUUGUCUCUGCUUCCACCAAUCCUCCAUUGUCGCACGAACCCAGUUCGAUCCAUCUCUCAUUUCUCAAAUUCAGAGACACCCACUUUACCUAAGCCUCAAACGCCGCUGUUUCUGAGGCCGCCCACCCACUCAGCCACCCUAUCAGACCUUCGAAAAUGGCGGAAGUGGGCCAAAACCCUCGCUUCCUCAAUGGGGUCGAAGUUCCUGGAAGCCGACAACGGCCCUGACGCCGCCCUCUUGCACCGAGAACUCAAUUGGCUCAUAGACGACGCACUUGAAAACCCUAAAUCAACCUUUACCCAGUUGGGUAAUGAUUCUAGUGAUAGCCCUAAUGGGGAUUUGUUGUUGAAUCUUAGAGUAGGGUUGAGUGAUCUUUAUGGGUUGUGGAAGCACAGAAUUGAAGAGAGAAGGCCAUUCCAGUAUGUGGCUGGGUGUGAGCAUUGGAGGGACCUGGUACUGAGUGUUGAAGAAGGGAUUUUGAUUCCAAGGCCUGAGACUGAGUUGAUUGUGGACUUGGUGGAUGAUGUGGCUAGGGGCAGUGAAGAGUUGAGAGAAGGGUUGUGGGCUGAUUUGGGGACUGGAAGUGGUGCUCUUGCUAUUGGGAUUGCAAGGAUUUUGGGGGCUUUUGGGAGGGUCAUUGCCACUGAUUUGAGCCCUGUUGCAGUGGCAGUUGCAUCCUACAAUGUUGAGAGGUACAAUUUGCAGCGAGAGGAUGAGGGAGUGAAAUUUUGGCGUGUCCUUGCAAAAUCUAGGACCUUUCCUAGUUAUCAUUUAUCGAUGAUCCUGCAAAUUCCUUUGACAGCACUGCAUUUCCAUGAUAAAAUUGUGAUAAAGCAAGGAUCUUGGUUUGAACCUCUAGAGGGUGUUGAAGGAGAGCUCAUUGGCCUUGUGAGCAAUCCACCAUAUAUACCAAGUGAACAUAUCUCUGGGCUACAAGCUGAAGUUGCUAAACAUGAACCAAGACUUGCACUGGAUGGUGGCCCUAAUGGUAUGGAUAAUCUACUCCACCUCUGCCGUGGGGCCGCUACGAUGUUGAAACCCAGGGGAUUCUUUGCAUUUGAGACAAAUGGUGAAAAGCAAUGCAACUUUCUUGUGGAUUACAUGCAAAGUGAAUUCAAGGGCAGCUUCUCUGACAUUCGAAUUGUUUCAGAUUUUGCUGGUGUCCAGAGAUUUGUUACUGGAUACCGAGCAAAGUUCAAUUCUGAAUUUUGAUAUUAGUCUUGGUGAAGGGUGUAAAACAAACUUCUGGAGAGUGAACGAAACAAAAGAAAUAAAAAAAAAAAAAACGUCGUUUCUUU